GUAGCUAUCACAGUUGAGAUAAUAUAGGCAAUACAAAGAGUACAAUUACAUUAUCCAUCAAUCACAAUGGCCCCCGCUAUCGAGACUGACAUCUAUCCCGACUUUCCCAUCUCCCGGUCUCUCAAGACGGAUCCUUACUAUUCCCCCAGCGACUCUGUUGACCUGCUCCUCUCCUCUGGUCUGGACCAUCUCAAUGCCAUCCGUUCGCGGUACCAGGAUUACUUGGGCUCUGUUGCAACCCAUCUAAAUCCCUCCUCCAUCCUGUCCAUCGCCUGGCUUCUCACCAUCCGCUGCUUCUCCCCUGCCCGAGUCAUCUAUCUCGACUCCCACUCCCAUCUCUGUCACAUCAGCGAUACCUUUGAGCCGGGUACGGGCGUCGUUCCCCUCGAGCUAUACCCUGAGACCCCCUUGAAAGACCUCAUCCGGGAUGUCUGUCUCAUCCUGUCGGGUUCUCGCUCUACUGCAGAGGGAAAGGCGCCGGAAACGCAGAAACGCUUCCUCACGUCUGCCCUUCGCUAUUCUGGUGAUUCCCCGGUCGACUUGGACGUGAAUCUCGUCAAUUCAAAGCUCUCCGAGACAAAGCUCAUGCUCGAUAUCACAAAGCAAACUGACCAACUACACGCAAAGCUGGCUUUUUCCGUUCCUGAUAUCACCAAAGAUUUUGCCGCCAGUCUACUGUAUACCUUCGAUAAGGCACUGGUCUCGAUAUACUCGGCCGCUCUACAAUCGCUGGAAGAGUUGGAUCUCUGUUCUGCACACGAUCUCAAGCUUAUCCAGGGCUACACUCAUAAGAUUUCCGAGUCGUAUGAGGUCCUGCUCCAUGAUGUGGUGCUACGACAUGCGCAGUCAACCCCAGAUGCUCCCGCCGUCUGCUCAUGGGACGGUGAUCUCACCUAUCGUGAGCUGGAUGAGUUGAGCUCCAAACUCGCUCUGUUCCUCGUUCGCAUUGGUGUAGUUCCAGAGACAUUUGUUAUCAGUUGCUUUGAAAAGUCCACCUGGGCGAUUGUCGCCCGUCUGGCUAUCCUAAAAGCUGGCGGUGCUUACAUCUCGAUCGAUGCCACUGAGCCACCCAUCUUCCUCGAGUCCGUCAUUCGUCGUGUCAAUGCAAAGAUCAUGCUCAGCUCGCCCAAGUUCCAGAGUAAAUACGUCCCCAUGAUUGCGACUGUGAUCGCCAUCUCGGCUACGAUGUUGAACAAUCUGCCUGCAGCUCCGGAUACGGUUUGCAGGACUGUCCAGCCUAACAAUGCCUGUCUGCUUCUCUUCACCUCAGGAAGCACCGGUCAACCCAAGGGCAUCAUCCAAGAGCACAGAUCAUAUGCCACUGCUAUCCGGGACUACAACAAAGUCCUAGGGCUCGAUCCCCACAGUCGAGUCUUUCAGGUCGACGACUACGCUUUCGACAUUAGCAACAAUGACUACCUAACCGCACUCUACGCCGGCGGUUGCUGCUGCGUCCCAACCCCCGAACGAACCAUCGCCAGCCUCGUGGCCAGCGUCAACGCCCUCCAAGCCAACACCACCUUCCUCACACCCACCCUCGCCAUCCAAUUCACCCCCGACGACACUCCGACCCUCAAAACCGUCCACAUCGGCGGCGAGCCCAUGUCCAACGACCUCCUCACCAGAUGGGGCCCCCACGUCCACCUCUUCAACCAAUACGGCAUGGGCGAAGCAGCCACCUUCUGUGCCUUCAACGACAGCCCCAAACCAGGCCAAAACGCCAUUGUCGGCCGUCCCAGAAGCGGCGCAAUCUGGAUCACAAACCCCAUCUCGCCCGAACUGCCCCUCCCCGUCGGCGCCAUCGGGGAAAUCCUCAUCGAAGGCCCCCAUCUCGCCCGCGGCUACCUAGAUAACCUCUGCCAAAACCCUCACGUCGGCUUCGUCGACCCCAUCCCACAGUGGAUUGCGAAUCUGCAUCCCUCCCGCGCCGCCACCACCCGCAUCUACCGCUCCGGCGAUCUAGGCCGCUACAAACACGACGGCACAGUUGAGCACAUGGGCCGCAAGGAUACCCUCCUCAAGCUCAACGGCUGUCGUGUCGAAUCCACAGAGGUGGAAUACGUCCUCCGCAAAUCCCUCGCGCCGGGCGACUUUGCCAUCAUCGACGUCCUCGGCGCUUUCAACGGGGCUCAUCAUCCCCAGCUCGUGGCUUUCCUCUAUCUAGCUGAUAACCCGACCAACCUUGUCCCGUCUACGUCGGAUGACGCCAUCACCUUCCUCCCUGUCACUGAUGUCCUCCGGGUGAAUGAGAUGGCCGAGGCGAUGAAGGACGAAAUCAGGGAUAAUCUCCCCGUGCAUAUGAUUCCGCAGAUGAUUAUUCUCGUGAAUAAGAUUCCGCGCACGAAAUCGAAUAAGACUGAUCGAAGGAAGUUGCAUCAUCUUGCUCAGGAGUGGUUUAUGUCGAGAUAGUCGGUUUAUCUUGUCUAUAGCAUCAAUUAUAUACCUGUUUUUUUCUUUGAU